AUGUCCGCCCAGAAUCUUAUCAUCACUGCCCCGACGGAUGACGAACGCGUCAAGACCUGGGCCGGGACGCAUCAGCUUUGGGGCGCGGCGCUCACCCUCGAGGACUAUCUGGAGAGGGAACGUCGCCAGCUCGACAUCCCCCUGGCGCGCAAUGGUGGCUUGACAAAUUGGAUUCUCACCGAGGCCGCGUCACCUGCAGGCGGGCCCCGUCCCAUCUUGUCGUCGUGCGAGACGCUCAAGAAAAAGGUUCUCGUGAAGGGCAAGGAUGGAAAGGUCACCGAGGGGACCGCCCAUGGGGUGGCCAGUGUCUUCACGCAGCCCGAGCAUCGAGGUAAAGGCUAUGCUUCCACUAUGAUGAGCCAGCUCUCAGAAACUCUGGCCGAUAAGGAAAAGGCGAGCGAGGGCUCGGCGAUCUGCUCUGUUCUCUGGUCAGACAUUGGCAAGAAAUUCUAUGCCCGGAGUGGAUGGCAGCCCUUUGACAGCAAUCACGUCGAGUUUCCGGCCCUCCAGACGCCGGCGACCACCCCUGAGAACAUCGAGAUCCUCGACAGCUUGGAGAGCCUGGCUCCUCUGGUAGAAGCUGACGAGGCCAUCCUCCGGGCCCGCUUCGACUCGGCAACACAGGGUUCCAAGAUCCAGGUCGCGCUGCUGCCCUUCUUGGAUCAGAUUCACUGGCAUCUUCUCCGCGAACGCUUCGUCUCGCAAUCCUUGUUUCCUGAGAGACCUGUCUCGCCCGGUCACGGUGCCAUUUUUACUUCCCCUGCGACUGCGAAGAGGGUCUGGUCCCUCUGGACGAGGAGCUACUCUGGCACAGUAGACCAGCCAGAGAAGAAUACUCUAUACCUUCUACGCUUGGUGGUCGAGGAUGGCAUCACUGAUGCUGAACUGGAGACUGCCCUCCAGGGUAUCACGGACAUUGCAAGGAGUCUCGCCGGCCAGUGGGCAUGUGGCAAGGUCGAGAUGUGGAAUCCCGACGAGAAGACCAAGGCCGCCGCCCAAGCACUAGGAGGAAAGUACAUCAGCCGGGAAGAGGGCAGUCUACCGGCCCUGAACUGGUUUGGAAAGGGGCCUGCCGAAGACCUCGAAUGGAUUUGGAGCGAAAAGUACGCAUGGUGCUGA